AUGAAAGAGGCAUACGCCAUCAGAAAGCGGAUGUUGGAGAACCAGGUCUCUCUGGCUGUUAAGCGGCUUGAGGGAGGCCAGCCGGUCCGGUCUGCUUUGGACUACAUGAUCCAGCGCGAAAUGAACGCUGCCAAGAAGGCUGGCCGACUACCCACUUUCGACUCUUCCCAACUCCGUGACGAGCUCUACGGCUACAUUGGUGCAGGCCACGAGACGACCUCGACCUCUUUCCAAUGGGCAAUCAAGCACCUGACAGCUCACCAAAAUGUCCAGCAGAAGCUUCGGCGGGCUUUGCGACUGGCCUUCGCCGAGCCUGCCGCCCAAUCAAGACAGCCUUCGGUUUCCGAAAUCGCAAAAGUCGACGUGCCGUAUCUGGAGGCAGUCAUGGAAGAGUCUUUGCGGUUGUCUGGGCCGAUCAUGGGUGUCGUGAGACAGGCACAAGUAGAAACCACGAUCUUGGGUCAUAGAAUACCCAAAGGAACAGAAGUUUUUAUUCCGUUGUGUGGCUCAAGCAUCACCCAAGCACCUAUCGAAGUUGACGAAUCGUUGCGAAGCGAAACCUCUAGAUCUCGGCCAAAUGUUCGUGGCUCGUGGGAGGUCAAUCCGGAAUCGUUUGUACCUGAGCGAUGGCUGAAGCCGGGAACCAAUGGCGACGAAUUUGACCCUAAGGCUGGACCUUUCAUGAGCGGCGUGCGGGGAUGCUUUGGGCGACGGCUGGCGUACAUCGAGUUCAGAAUCCUUGUGGUUCUGACGGUAUGA